AAAACAGGAGCUUGAAGCGCAGCAUGCCCCAUUCCUGAAUAAGCAUUUGACCUCCCCGCGGGCCUUCAUUUUAUUCCACCAGCGUGGCCUGUAUCUGUAAAUACUUCAAGGCCAUGGAUUCCAGACCAGCGGGGCCUAGGAUCAGCAUGUUUGAGACCUCUGCAUCACCUAGCAUUGACCCAGACCAAGACCUGUUCCCGCACUGUUUGGUGUGGUCACCUCUGCCUGUCUUGACAUGGUUUUUGCCCUUCGUCGGGCACAUGGGUAUUGCGACAAUGGAUGGGGUAAUGUGGGAUUUUGCUGGACCCUACUCGAUCGGUAGACAUAAACUUGCGUUCGGUCCUCCAACGCGCUAUAUUCAGUUGCAAAUCCCUCGCGGCAGAGAAAUUGAGUACGACGAGGCUGUGGCUUCAGCCAACGCCACUUAUUCUCACCGCACUCAUAAUCUUCUGUGCGACAACUGCCACAGUCAUUGCGCGUGGGCGCUGAACACAUUCAAAUACAAAGGUGCACGUUGGUGGAAUAUGGUGGUGCUAUCUUUAUAUAUGCUUGUGAUGGGCAAGUGGGUAAGUUUUCUGGCUGCAAUCAAGACUUUGGGACCUGCCAUGUUAGUCCUCGUUAUUGGAUUGACUAUUAUAUACGUGUAGGGAUGAAGGAUGGUGUAGAAUAGCUCGACCAGCAGCCUGGGUAUUACCUUUUUCGGUGAAGCAUGCGACGCUACCUAAAGAAAGUGGUUUUUGAAAAGAAAAGAUUUUCCGAGCAUUUUGAAAAGAAACGAAAU